AUGAAUUUCCCUGCACUCAAAAAUGAUCGUAUUCUGCGAGCAGCUAGAGGUGAAGAAGUCGAUCGUAUUCCAGUAUGGGUAAUGCGACAGGCUGGUCGAUAUUUACCAGAGUUCAGAGAACUGCGAUCGCGUUACGAUUUUUUCACUAUAUGCCGAACACCAGAGCUCGCAUGUGAAGUCACUCUGCAACCAAUUCAGAGAUACGACCUCGAUGCUUCCAUCAUUUUCAGCGAUAUCUUGGUCAUUGUUCAGGCAUUAGGCAUGAUUGUUGAAAUGCAACCUAGUGUUGGACCUGUAAUUCCAGAUCCUCUCAAGGAACCUAUAGAUUUAGACAGACUAAACCAAUCAAUUGAUGUUAAACAAGAAUUAGGAUAUGUAUUUGAAGCUAUAACAUUGACUAGACAUCGAUUAAAUGGCCAGGUACCUCUUAUUGGGUUUACUGGUGCUCCAUGGACACUCAUGUGUUAUAUGAUAGAAGGAGGUGGCUCCAAAACUAUGUCAAAGGCCAAAAAAUGGUUGUACAAAUAUCCAGAAGAAAGCAAAAAAUUAUUACAAAUCCUUACAGACAUUAUAGUGAAAUAUUUAAUAGAGCAGGUGAAUGCUGGUGCUCAAAUGUUGCAAGUGUUUGAAUCAAAUGCAGAAUACUUAAAUUCUGAAUUGUUCGACAGAUUUAGUGGUCCAUAUUUGUCAGCCAUUUGCUCUCGUGUUAAAAAUGAGUUGAAGGGUAAUAGUGUACCAAUGGUGGUGUUUGCGAAAGGAGGUCACUAUGCUAUGAAACAGUUAUCUACUUUUGACUAUGACGUUAUUGGCUUGGAUUGGACAAUCGACCCCGUUGAAGCUAGGGAAAUUGUUGGUAAUAAUAUAACUUUACAAGGCAAUUUAGACCCUUGCUCUUUGUAUGGUCCACCUGAAGAAAUAAAAAAAAUGGUUAAGAAUAUGGCAUCCAAAUUUACAAAACACAGAUACAUUGCAAAUUUGGGUCAUGGUAUCUAUCCUGAUGUCGAUCCUGAACACUUAAGAGCUAUGAUUGAUGCUGUACACGAAUGUUAA